CUGUUUGUGCGCAUAGCUGAAACAAAGUUUCGCCGAAGCGGACGUGCACAAAAUGGGUCCGCCAAAGAAAUCAAAAAAGGAUCGCAGCGGCAGUGAUAAAUUUGCCAAGAAGCGCCGCGCUGAAGACGAUGCCUACACGCAACUGGUGGAUGACAAUGACAGCAUGGACAAUGCCAGCGAAUCGGACGGUGUGCCGGGUGCAGCGUCCAAAAACGCGGAGACCAACGACGAGAAUAUCAACACCGAUGAGUACGGCGCGAAAGAUUAUCGUGCACAGAUGCAACUUCGUCCCGAUCACGGAAAUCGCCCAUUGUGGGUGGCGCCCAAUGGACAUGUGUUUCUCGAGUCCUUCUCACCGGUAUACAAGCAUGCCCAUGACUUUCUCAUUGCCAUCUCGGAGCCAGUGUGUCGACCCGAGCAUAUACACGAGUACAAGCUAACCGCCUACAGUCUGUAUGCUGCGGUGUCUGUAGGCCUCCAAACCCACGACAUCGUUGAAUAUCUCAAACGCUUGAGCAAGACGAGCAUUCCUGAGGGUAUCUUGGAGUUUAUACGUCUCUGUACGCUCUCCUACGGCAAGGUGAAACUUGUGCUCAAGCACAAUAAAUACUUUAUUGAGUCGCCACAUCCGGAAGUGCUGCAAAAGCUGCUCAAAGAUCCGGUCAUCCAGAAAUGUCGCUUAAUACGGAGCGAAGGCGAGGGCGAAGGAGAUGGCUUUAUUCAGGGCACAAUGGAUGGCAAGGCCAUCACACAAUUCGGCACCAAGUUGCCACCAGCUAGCGACAAGCCCGAGGAUGCGGGAGCCAGCACUUCCAGUGCCGCAGGAGCAGCAACGGCAGAAGGUGCAGUUGCCAUACCCGAUGACAUUACGGACUUCUACGAGAAAAUCGAUAAGGAGGAGGAGGAUGAAGACGAGGCCAAUCUCAAAACAGUUUCAUUUGAAGUGGCCCAAGAAAAGAUAGAAGUGAUACAAAAGCGUUGCAUCGAAAUCGAGCAUCCGCUGCUUGCCGAAUACGAUUUUCGCAAUGAUACCAACAAUCCGGACAUCAACAUUGACCUCAAGCCAGCCGCUGUGCUGCGUCCAUAUCAGGAGAAGAGUCUGCGCAAGAUGUUUGGCAAUGGUCGCGCCCGCUCUGGUGUCAUUGUGUUGCCCUGCGGUGCUGGAAAAUCUCUUGUGGGUGUCACUGCCUGCUGCACAGUGCGCAAGCGUGCUUUGGUACUGUGCAACAGCGGCGUCUCGGUGGAGCAAUGGAAGCAACAGUUCAAAAUGUGGUCCACGGCAGAUGACAGCAUGAUUUGUCGGUUCACUUCUGAGGCCAAGGACAAGCCCAUGGGCUGCGGCAUACUGGUGACCACAUACUCUAUGAUAACGCACACACAGAAACGUUCCUGGGAGGCAGAGCAAACCAUGCGUUGGCUUCAGGAGCAGGAGUGGGGCAUCAUGGUGCUCGACGAAGUACACACAAUUCCCGCCAAGAUGUUCCGACGUGUCCUGACCAUUGUACAGUCGCAUUGCAAGCUUGGCUUGACUGCGACAUUGUUGCGUGAGGAUGACAAAAUUGCGGAUCUAAAUUUCCUGAUUGGUCCCAAGCUGUAUGAGGCCAAUUGGUUGGAGCUACAGAAGAAGGGCUUCAUUGCGCGUGUCCAGUGCGCCGAGGUAUGGUGUCCCAUGUCGCCAGAGUUCUACCGCGAGUAUCUGACCACCAAGACAUCGAAAAAAAUGCUGUUGUAUGUGAUGAACCCUUCGAAGUUUCGCAGCUGCCAGUUUCUGAUCAAAUACCAUGAGCAGCGUGGCGACAAGACCAUUGUUUUCUCGGACAAUGUGUUUGCCCUGAAGCACUAUGCCAUCAAGAUGAACAAACCCUUCAUCUAUGGUCCCACGUCCCAGAAUGAACGUAUUCAAAUUCUGCAGAAUUUCAAGUUCAAUUCCAAGGUCAACACAAUCUUUGUCUCCAAAGUGGCCGACACAAGUUUCGAUUUGCCAGAGGCAAAUGUAUUGAUUCAGAUUUCGUCGCAUGGCGGUUCGCGUCGUCAGGAAGCCCAGCGUUUGGGCCGUAUUCUGCGUGCUAAAAAAGGCGCCAUUGCUGAGGAAUAUAAUGCCUUCUUUUACACACUCGUCUCACAGGACACCAUGGAGAUGAGCUAUUCCCGCAAGCGACAGCGUUUCCUUGUCAAUCAGGGCUACAGCUACAAGGUUAUCACACAUCUCAAGGGCAUGGAUACCGAGGCGGAUCUAAUGUACGGAACACAGGAGGAACAGGGCCAGUUGCUGCAACUGGUGUUGUCCGCCUCCGACUUGGACUGCGAGGACGAGAAGAUGCCUGGCGAGCCGGGUUAUCGUCCAGGUGGCUCUGGCACCACCAGACGUCCUGGUGCACUUAGCUCCAUGUCUGGUGGCGAUGAUGCCAUCUACUAUGAGCAUCGUCGCAAGAACGUCGGCAGCGUACAUCCAUUGUUCAAGAAGUUUAGAGGUUAAGCGCAUCCAUUUUUGUAUCCUUUGCUCAGUCGAAUAAAAGUAUGUCAGUGACAA